AUGAAAUAUAAAGUCAAAGGAGUUGAAGGAACUUCUGAGGUUACUGAAAGAUCAAUUGUUCCAUCCAUUGUAGAUGAAUCUCCUAUUCAGAAUCCUCGUCCUAUUACUGCUGUUUCCGGUAUUUUUGAGGAAGAUGUAUUGAUUGAUGAUGUUAUUAAUGAUGAGGAAGAUAUUGAAGAGGAUGAUGACGAAGAGGAUGAUGAUGAUGAUAAAGUUGAUGAUGCAGAUGAUGUAUUCUCUGCAAGUAGUCACAGUGAUGACGAUGAAGACGACAGUCAAGGAGGUACAGGUGUUAAAGUCACCAAAGCAUCGAAUGAAGAGAAUGUCGAAGAUUAUCUUCAUGACGAUAUGAAUGAAGAGCCUGAGGAUGAUACAGGUGAGGGGGAGAACGUUGAGGAUCAGAAUGUUGAUAAAAGAGAAAAGUUUAUUUUGCGUCUCGAGCCUGAAGUUGAGGAAGAAGAAAUCAGGCAUACUUAUACCAUGAAUGAUAUUAUCGAAAUGACGCGUAUUGAUGAUCGUACCUUUAAGUUUGACUUUGAAGAAGAGUUGAAUGCAUUUGAUAUAAAUCAGCAACCCGACUAUCAAUACAAGUAUGUUGAGGAAGCUGAUAAUUAUGAUCGAGUUGAGGUUGAAGACUGUAGCGACGAAGAGAAUGUGAAUGCUGAUACUUCGAACUUUCUAACUCUUGUUGAAUUUUUCAGUCAAGAGAACAUCGAUGAAUUGAGAAGGAAAGUGGAAGAGUGUCUAAAGGAUAAGAACUUUGAUGGUACAACGAAAGAUGCACAGAAGGAAGAAAGAAAGAAGUGGUUUAGAAAGAGCAAUGAAAGAAAAUUCAAGUGGCCAUUAAAGUAUUAUAAGAGAGACAGGGAUGUGUCACUCGGGGAUAUCAUCAGUUAG